AUGAAGGGACGUUUACUCGUUUUGCCUAUUGAAGGAAAGGGAGACGCUCACGUUGUACUCAGAAAAGUAGUGAUUACCGCUGAAGUUGAUAUUGGUGACAACCUGGGUCGAGACGGACAGAAACACUGGACUAUCAAGAACUGGAAACACACAUACGACGUCAAAGAAAAAUCUACCAUCGAACUGGAAAAUCUCUUUAACGGAAACCAAGUUUUGAGUCGUGCCGCCCAUGAGAUGAUUGAAUCCAGUAGCAACGAAAUAGUGAAGGAAGUCGGCCCCCCACUUGUCAAGGCCAUCGUUGGCAGGAUCAUCGAAAAUGUUGAGGAAUUCUUCAAAAACGUUCCCUCCAGCGAAUUCACAGAUUAA